AUGGCAAACAGACCCCCACCCCCGCCCAAGCCACAGCGCGCGCGACCGAACCAUCCGCCCGACGACGUGAACAACUCCCCCUCCCCAACCCCUCUAUCCUCAAGCCCGAAGAUUCACUUCCCUCCACCUCCCGUCUCCUCUGCCCCCGCCGCACCCAAACGACCCGAUCGCCCCUUGUCCGGGUUCCAACCAUCACGUGCCCCACCCCGGCCCCCACCGCAGUCUAGCAAGCCCCGUCUCCAUGCUGAGUCAAACACUACUGUUGAAGCCCCAGCUGUCCUUCCUCGCCCUCUCAGUACCCACGCCUACCCCGCCCCAAAACCCAUUGCCCGCAACCCUCCGCCCCGCGCGCCACGUCCCCUCAGCGGCCUUCGACCAGUUCCCGCACAACGUCCGCCUCGCCCACCUCGCGCUCUCAGUGCUUUGGGCGAAGCAAAUGAAGAGGAGGAGGAGGAGGAGGAGGAGGAGGAGGCAGAAGAAGAGCAGGAAGACCCUGUGAUCAAUCACAACCCCAAGGCCCAACUAUCCGCUGAGAGUGGCCGCCCCAAGGCGCGCCCACGCCCCACUCCCGGCGCGCCCCGGCCAAUCUCGGGCGUCACCAAGCCGACUCGCCUGCCUCUCAAACCACCUCGAAAGCACGGACUACAGGCUAACAUGGCGAUCGUGGAAGAGGACGAAAGUGCCGAGGAGGCAAACCCUGAGAACGCCAACGGACAUGCCCAGCUGCCUGGCCUGGAAGAGGCAGAUGAGGAGGAGAAGUUUGACGAACACGGUCAUGAUGAUGAGGGACGCCUGCCCCUGGGCCUAACUUCUGCUCAAAACGUGACUGCCAGUGAACUACGCGAACUGUACGACACGAUUGUAGAAGAAGACGAAGACGAUGAGGCCGACGAGGUCGAUGGCACCGACGAUGUGGUGACCAGCCUUGUGGCAGAUGGCCGUGGCGGUCUCAAACUCUCUGCCAAGUAUUACACGCAUGGCCUUGGCUCCUCUAUCUUUGUACUGCCCCCACCGCGCCCCCGGCUCACUCUGUCGAGCACACUAGACAUCAAAGAUCUACAGUGGAGCCACACGGCUCAAUUUGAGGUUGAGGACGUGGAUGUUGAGGCUGCCGACUUUCGCCGCGCCAUCGCAAAACUUGCCCAAGACCUACAUGAACAACACCCCACCCGACCCAAGUACCUGACCAUCUUGCCGGGUCCUGCCGAGCGCGUACCUUCCCAUGAGCUCGCCCUGUGGACUGUUAUUGACCCUGACAACCGACCCAUGGAGCUGUCCUUCAACCCUACGGCUACCGUGCGGGCCGCCAUCGAGACGCUCUUGCGUGCGUGCGGUCGCCCCAAGGAAGACCCACAAGACUAUCUGCUUCAAAUCUGUGGUCGCAACGAAUUUGCUGAAGUCGAUUAUGAAUACUCGACCCUCAUGGGGGUUGCAGCCGCCCAAGCCAAUCGUGUCUCGAGCUCAACCAUGCCCUCCCUGGAAGAAGAUCAAACCGCGCAUCCGUCGCGUUUGCUCAUGGCAGCCUUGGUGCCGAAAGCGGGUCUGCGUCCUUUCUUAGCCAAGAGUCAGGGCAGCGAUGGACUGGACCGACCAAAAUUGUAUGCUCGUGUCACCAGCGCCGUCAAGCUUCGAACACAGCUGCAAAACUUGCGGGAGAGGGCAGUCAAAGUCAAGAAUCGCCAUGAAUUGGAUGCGGAGUAUAGCCGCGCUACAAAUACGGAUCUCUUGCGUGCCCCGCCCGACCCCGACGCUGGAAAGACGACCGUUGAAGUGACCAAUGUGGAAGAAUGUCUGUGUAUCACAGUUUCAGCCCUCCAUCGUCUGCCUUUGUUAUGGCAACAGCGCCAUCAUCAUUUUCGAGCCGAGGUCUCCAUAUACUGCGGCGGAACCCUCCUGUCUCCAUCCAUCUCCAUAGCGACCACAAAGUCCAACUCAACGCUGGACUUUGCCACGUGGUUUGAGACCAUCUUCUUCACCGAGACCAGCACGCUAGAAAUGAAGACCCCGCUGAAGCAACUGCCCAAAGAGUCCCGCAUUGUCAUUCAGCUUCUGGCUAGCACAGCUGAUCGCAUAAUGACAUGGGAUCCUCUGGGCUGGGUCGCGCUACGCGUGUACGACCAUCGCGGUCGCCUCAACAGCGGCUGGCACCUGCUGGGGCUGUGGCUUGAGCCCCAACCCAAUCCCACGGGCACAUGUGGCAACAACUUGUACGCACCAGACAGUCCUUCCAUCAUGGUCCGACUGGGUCCCGACGACCGCAUCAUUCGUUACGGCGAUGUUCUCGACCCCGGCGUGCGCAUUUCCCAGCUUCCACGACCCCCGUCCAUGCUUCUCAAAAGCGCAACGCCAUCAGAACCGGGCUCGCCGCCUGCUGCCCUUCACCCCCUCGAAUCCAUUGCCGAGACUGGUAGCGCUACAAUCGACGCCAAUCUGGGCGAAACAAGUAAUGAAGCGCGUCGCCUUGCGAGCGAUCCUCUGCCGCAGGUGCCUUCUUCACCUACGCAUCCCACCUUCAAGAGCCGCAACAGCAGUCUUCAGAGCCUGGUGGCGCCCGAUUCGGGUAUUUUAGAGUGCAAUCGCACUUGCAUCGUCAAGCAUGCCUAUGCCGCGAGCCCAGAAUCAGAUGAACUUGUGCUAAGCCGCCAUGACCGCAUCCACGUCACGCGUGAGGCUGCCGACGGCUGGAGCUUUGGCACAGCAGAGAGCAGCGGUGCGCAAGGGUGGUUUCCCUCCAACUACGUGAAAGAGGUUGUGAACAAGCCCAAGCCACCCCGCCCACCAUCGCUACCGAGCUCCGCCCUGACUUCGACUGCGGAUCUACCAACGCCCGCCAGCACGCCCGCCUCUGCUACCCCGACGGCUGGUACUGACUCGACCGCGCUGCCGCCUCCCUCUGGUUCUUCUCAAGAAAUCAGCUCGACCGAAGAGGGUGUGCCGCUGUUUGUGGCGCGCUUCGAUUAUGAGCCCCGGUUCGAGGACGAACUGGCCCUGCGUAGCGGCUUGCCGGUCCAAGUGCUAGAAAGCCCGGACGGGGGAUGGUGGCGCGGCGAGUGCCAGGGUCAGACGGGCUGGUUCCCGUCCAACUACGUGGAACGAGUUCUGGUGAACGUCGCGGCCACAAGCGAAGGCCAUGAAAGGCGCGAUAGCCUGAGCAAAGGGCAGAUUCUACAAACGCAGGAAUCCGUUGGCUACGAGCAGUCCCUUGCCCAAGACGAGGGUGACGUGUUUGUGGCCAUGCACGCCUUUCAGGCGCAGCAUACUGAUGAGUUAUCUUUGACCCCGGGCGAUGUCAUCGUCGUGCUCCAGCAGCCAGAUGGCGGUUGGUACGAGGGCGUCGUGGGAGACCGCCAAGGCUGGUUCCCGGCCAACUACGUCCGAGCAACGAUCAAACCGCCCACAAGUGCUGGAUCUGCCGGCAUCAAGCCCAAUGCUGUCGCGUUUAAUGCGAGCAGCAUGUUCAAUCCCCUUCCCGGUCAGCUGACGCAGGGCUCGAGUCACAACUCUUUGGACGUACUUAUCCAGCGCAUCGUGCACCAGCCCCUUACUCCCGCGCAACGCGAGCCCAUUUGGAAGGAUCGCUACAACCUCUUGAAGCGCAACCCGCUGGCCCUGCCACUGAUUCUAGAUGCCAUGCCCCUGCUCCGAGAGCCGAGCGUGGCUCGGGAAGUGUACCAACUUACACUCGAGUGGCACCCAACCUCGGACGAGUCUGCUCUGCAAUUGCUGCAAGCCCGGUACGCCGAAGAGGCGAUUCGCGCCGCGGCGGUGCAUCACUUGGCCAACCUCUCCUAUGACAAAUUUCUGGCAUAUCUGCCGCAGAUGGUGCAAGGGCUCAAGUAUGAGCCCUAUCUAGACAGUGCGCUAUCGCGCCUUCUCUUUGACCGCGCUCUUUCCAACCCACGUCUUACAAUCGCCUUCUACUGGCACCUCAAGGCAGACAGCGAGACGCAAGGCUAUGGGCAGCGAUUUGCCCUCAUGUUGCAAUGCCUGCUCGAUUCUGUGUGCGAUGAGGCCCGGGAAGAUUUGCAUGAUCAGCAAGUCCUCAUGGACGCGCUGUGCAACAUCAAUGAACACGUGCGUUCCUUCUCGGUGACGGAACGGCGCCUUGCGCUGCGUCGUCAGCUCGAGCAGCUUGCUCGCCGCUUACCGGCUCGCUUCCGUCUUCCAAUUGAUCCCAGCGUGGAGCUGAGUGGGCUGUUGCUCGAUGAGUGUGGUGUCUUCAACAGCAACGCCGUGCCGUUGCGACUGUCCUUCCAGAACGCCGAUCGACGUGGUGGCCCGCUUCGGGUCAUCCUCAAGGAGGGUGAUGAUCUACGACAGGACGCUUUGGUAAUGCAGCUCAUACGACUCAUGGACUCUCUUUGGAGACAGGUGGGGCUCAACCUGGAAAUGAUCACCUUCUCCAUCAUACCUACGGAGCGAUUGGCUGGCUUGAUUGAGCUAGUGCCCAACUCAAAGACGCUGCGCGAAAUUCACACGCUGGCCGGGGUGACCGGCUCCUUUAAUGACCGCAUUCUCUACAACUGGCUGCGAGAGCACAACCCGUCUCCUGCAGCAUGGAAACAGGCGCAAGCGCGCUUCACUGCCUCGUGUGCCGGCUAUUGUGUAGCAACCUACAUUCUAGGGGUAUGCGAUCGCCACAACGACAAUUUGUUGGUCACGACAGACGGCCGCCUCUUUCACAUCGACUUUGGUCGCUUCCUCAACAACGCGCAAAAGUUUGGGCCCAUUUCACGAGAUCGAGUUCCUUUUGUGCUGACCUCGGACAUGGCUUUUGUAAUCAAUGGUGGCGAGAAAGCGACGAGCAACUUUCAGCGUUUUGUUGAUGUCUGCUGCAAGGCCUACAAUGCCAUUCGCCACAAUGCUCCGCUUCUAGUCAACGUGAUGAUGAUGAUGCUCAACGCUGGAAUGCCUGAACUCACCGCGCAGGCCGACUUGGGCCCGAUGCUGGGAGCUCUCCGUGUCAACGAGAGUGACGAGAAGGCCAUUGCCGCCUUCACUAAGAUGAUUCGCAACUCGUUGUCCAACAAGUUUACUAAGCUCAAUUUUUUCCUUCAUAACCUGGCCCAGCUCAAAGGCUCCACUUCGACCAAGGUCGAGGGUCCUGUUUUGAGCUUUAUUCCAGACGAGGUGGAACUUCCGAAGGAGCGCUUGCGCAUUCGCCGGGCACACGUCUUUGACUUUCAAAAACGCCGAGAUCUGGACAACAACAAGUAUUAUGUUUAUUUCAUUCAGGUCGAGCGCAACGACAGCACUGUCUAUUUUGUUUUCCGUCGCUUUUCAGAGUUUGCUGAGCUGAAUCACAAGCUUGUAGCCGUAGCAGAUGUGAACCUGCCGACCUUUCCCUCGAAAAUUUACAUGGGUCGCUCGCACACCCGUGUGGUCACGGAGCGCCGGAUGAAGGCAUUGAAUGACUAUCUCGUUGCUCUACUUGCGCUGCCACGUACCGUCGUCGAGCAUCCGAUCGUCUACUCCUUCUUACAUCAUACCAAGCGAGAUCGCCACGAUGUUGUCAUGCUCAUGCAACCGUUGGGUCUCGCCACGAUCGCAUCCGCUCAAUCUGACUCGUCGCCUGCCUCCUCCGUAGUCGCGACGUGCCUCAAAACCCUCGGCUGCGAACCUGAGCGAACCUGUGAGUCGCGCUGCGUCUACGCCGUCCAUCGUCACUUCAGUCUUGGUUUAGUUUUGGUUUUGUUUUGGUUUUUUCUUCCUUCUCCCUCUCGCCCCUUUCUCUCUCUUUCUCUCUCUCUCUUUCUCUCUCUCUCUCUCUCUCUCUCUCUCUCUCUCUCUCUCUCUCUCUCUCUCUCUCUCUCUCUCUCUCUCUCUCUCUCUCUCUCUCUCUCUCUCUCUCUCUCUCUCUCUCUCUCUCUCGCACACUCUGCCUCACUAUCUUUCCCUCUUCUCAUUCGUGUAUUCAUGUUUUCUCCGCUGCAGUCUACGCAUGGAGAGGUUAGCUUGACAAUCAAGUAUGAUUUCAAGCAGGAAUCCCUCAGCAUCAUGGUGCAUCAUGCACGCGGCUUGGCUCCGAGUCCCGGCGCCACCACGGCUGACCCGUACGUCAAGACAUAUUUGUUGCCAGAGCGCAGCCGCGAGACGAAGCGAAAGACAAGCACGCAGCACGGCGAGUUGAAUCCGACGUAUAACGAACUGCUUGAAUACCAUUUGAGCCGGGAAGAGCUUCCCAACGCCGAAUUGGAAGUCGGCGUCUGGACCAGAAAUGUUCGUGGACUCAAGGUUGUGCUCGGUUUGACCACCGUGCCCCUCGUACAUGCGCUUCAGCAUCAACCCGAGCCAGUCUGGUACCCGUUGGAGCAGCCGGAGGAGUCUCUGGCCUAG